UCUUCCUUCUUCUUCUUCCUCGUUGGAGUCUCCGCAAACGUUUAUUUACAUAUACAUUUCUGUAUUCCUCUUUGUAUAAUUUAACUGUCUCCUAUUUUUUGUGGCCAGUACAUGUGGAAUCAGAUGUAGAGUACGAUUGUGUUUGAAAAAUAUAUCGGUUUCCACCUACCUGAGUUUAACUUAUUCAACCAUCUUUUCAAUUCAGAGCCUUCCUCCAUAAUGUGUGCCAUUGCUUCUAAUAUUUGGCAGAGGUAUCUAUUAUGGUUUGCACAUGAUUUAGUUGAUUUUCGAAUGGCUGAAAUUAAGUCCUUAAUUUCUGUUUUGGACAUCAAUAUGCGUUGGGUGGAAGAACCUGCUGAUCACCCGUUUUGGAUUGUUGAGGUGCCUUCAGAAGAAUGCGUCAAAAAAUUGGCAUCUAGGUCCAUUUCCUUGAGAGGUGUGAUUGAAUUAUGGGCUCAUUCUAAUAACAUAAGCACCUUACAUCAGCAACUCAAAGCUCUAAAUCCUAAUGUGUACCAACCAUACCUCCAACCUCAUUUAUCAUUUAAAGUUGAGGUAGAAACUUUCAGUAAUCAUCUUAGCUUACCAGAACUUGUUGACAAAAUUGAGGUACAGUCUUUCAGUUAUUUACCUAUUGUGGGACCCGUUAAUCUAAAAAAUCCGGAUGUCAAACUAUGGUUUAUGGAAUAUUAUGGACUUGAACCCAACAAUAUUCCAGAAUUACCGUAUCAAUAUUAUUUUGGCCGAUGGAUUACCGAUGGUCAACGGCAUUUGAUGAAAAAAUUUUCUCUGAAGACACGGAAGUUUAUAGGAAAUACCAGUAUGGAUGCACAAAUUUCUGUGCUGAUGGCAAACCAAGGAAAAGUUAAACCUGGGGAUUUAGUUUUAGAUCCCUUUGUUGGUACAGGCUCUCUUCUUGUUCCUGCUGCACAUUUUGGAGCAUAUGUUCUUGGAACAGACAUUGACUAUCUUAUAUUACAUGCAAAAACACGACCAAGCCGUAUACAACAAAAGGUUCGAGCUUCGGAUGAGAGCAUACAAGCUAAUCUUCGUCAGUAUGGUCUAGAGAAUCAAUACAUUGAUGUAGUUGUUGCUGAUUCAUCACUGCCCCUAUGGGUAAAAGAAUUUGAACUAGAUGCAAUCAUAACUGACCCUCCUUAUGGUAUUCGUGAGCCUACAGAAAGAGUUGGAACCCAUAAGGUACCCCAAAUAACAGAGCAACAAGCACCAACACAUAUACCUUCCAAAAUUGACUAUGGUCAUGAUCACUUAUAUCAAGACUUACUCAAUUUUGCUGCCAAGCAUUUAAAAUUAGGAGGGAGGCUUGUCACAUUUAUUCCUAUUCUACGUGAACUGUACAACGAAGAGAAUAUGCCCAAGCACCCAUGUUUGGAAUUGGUGGCCAAUUCUGAGCAGGUACUGUCUGCUUAUGUUUGUAGACGCUUGCUGACUUACGAAAAAGUAUCCAGACCAAGUGACUGCAUGGCUGGAGAAAGAACAUUUGACCCCAGCCUUGAAAACUUCCGAGAUAAAUACUUUAACCAUUGUGAAGAUUCUCGACAAGUGCGCCGGCAGAAACACUACAGCAAUAUUGGACUCAGAGACUCUAAUAGCAAGACAGAUAGAAUUGCACCUGAAAGUGACACAUGAUGAAUAACUAGUGAUAUGAAAUGUGAAUGGCUGUGAGAUAUUUUCUAGAUAGUUAUCAUUUGUUGACCCUAGCACAUGGUUUACAUUAGAGCUGAGUGGGUCAUGCAGUGAUUCUUCCAAACUAUGAUUUACAAAAAAACAACAACUUGUAUUUUAUUUAUAGACACUUGAUGUACAAAAUCUUUCAAUAAUUAUAAACAAAUUUUCAA